AAUGAUUAUUUUAAUUAGCGAGUAUGAAGAAACCUUGACUGCGUUGCCUAUAUAAGAAUCAAGACUCGCAGCAUUUUCUCAUCAUCAUAUCUUCUCCUUCUUUAGUUAUUAAAUCUUCACUUCUUCUUUUCUUCACCAAGAAUCAUAUGGCAUCUUAUUCAGCGAACACGAAGAGGGAGAAGAAGGUGUUUGACACUGAGGAUGACGUAGCUAAGGCUAUGGCCGAGUACACGUUCAAUCUCUCCAAAAAGUUCUGCAAGAAAAGAGGCUAUUUCACCAUCGUUCUAUCUGGUGGUGACCUCGUCCUUUGGCUCAAAAAGUUGUUGGUUCCCGAAUACGCUGACACUGAAUGGUCAAAGUGGCACGUCUUCUGGGUCGACGAGAGGGUUGUUCCAUUGGACGAUAAGGACAGUAAUUACAAACAGACCUUGGACAGUUUUCUCUCCGAGGUUCCUAUUCCAACUUCGAACAUUUACGCAAUAGACCAAAACUGUGCAGCCCUUGGUGAUGCCAAGGGCGCUGCAAUACUUUACGAGGAGUGCAUCAAAAGAUUGGUGAACCAAAACAUCAUCCGCACAUACAAAUCCUCAGGAUUUCCUCAGUUCGAUCUCCAGCUCCUAGGGAUGGGUCCAGACGGCCACAUGGCGUCCUUGUUCCCAGGACAUUAUCAGAUCAAGGAGAAGGCUAGUUUGGUGACUUAUAUCACCAACUCCCCAAAACUACCACCAAAGAGAAUCACCUUCACUUUACCAGUCAUCAACUGUGCUUCCUACAACCUCAUGGCCGUUUGUGGUGAGGCUCAAGCCGAUGCGGUUGCAAAGGUCUUUAAUGAUGAUUUCAACUUGCCUUCAGCUAGGCUCUCAGCUGAUACACAAGCCAUUUGGUAUCUCGACAAAGCGGCUGCGUCCGAGCUCCCAAAAUGCCUUUGAGAUUCAGUUCACUUUUUAUCUUGUAUCUCUUUCCUUUUACGUUUUCAAAUAAAAAGCUAUGGUCGGAUGUAAUAAAUAAGAUGGAGUUGGUUCGGCUGAAUCUUGCAAAACUGCUUUGUUUGUAUUUGUCUUGUCUGUGUUAUAAUAAAGUAACAAUAAUAAAUUUGGUUUGAUCCCGGUUUAAAGUGAUCACUGAUCUCUCAUUUGGUUUACAGUAAUACUACAUCUUAUCCUUUACUGUUAUUAUUA